GACGUCAAGUUGACCAGCAAAAAAUUCAACACUAUUCAUCAGCAACAUCCCAACAAACAACAACAACAGCCGCACCAACUUCAUGCAAAUAUGCAUCUCGGACAACACAACAUAGCAAACAACUACCACAACCACCAGCAGCAGCAGCAACCACAGCAGCUCCACCACACCACAUUACAACUACCAACUCACUACACGAACAUGAUCGCCAGCUUUCCUGCUGCAUGCGACUACCCCUACGAUCCGAACCAGCUCCUGAACAUCCUGACACUUUCAAGAAACAUGGGCCUCUCUAGGAACAUUGAAAAUUAUUAUGCAUCUACAAUUAAACAACUUGUCAACAACAACAACAACAACAUCAACAAUAAUAACAACAACAACAACUUCAACAACAAUAAAACUAUCAACAACAACAUUUUAAAUCCUCUCGUUAACAACUUUGGAAACGGCAAAUUGAACAAGAGACCACCCACUAAACCGGACAAAACUCGGCUCAAAUCAUUCUUCAUGUCCGACAUUCUGCAGCCAGAUGGACUGGACGACAACAACGACAAAUUUGUUGACAGUUGGGUGGAUGAGAGUAAUUGCAACAAGCACCAGAGCUCCAACAACAACCAGCUACACGCCAUCAACAACAUCGAAAACAUUUACAACGCCAAUAAAAUUCACGUGAACACAAGCAACAACACGAACAACAACAACACGAACAACAACACGAACAACACCAACAGUCCAACAAUCGCGAACGUGGAUAACCACAAGUUAUCAAUCGUUUCAAAUCCAUUUAAAAAUAAUUCUCUGGAAGCAAAGAACAUUGAUGAGUGCGAUGAGAAUGAUGGUGAUGGCGAUGAGGACGACGACGAUGAAGUGAUGGUUGACAACCCCAAAACAACACCCAACAACAGCAUCGGUAGAAAUUCUUUUUUUUCAAAAAAUCUCAACAAUUUGCCUGAGGCUUGA